CUUAACAUUUAGUAAGAACUGCAUUAAAGUAGCAAAUGUUUGACACAUUAAGCGCUUAUGUAGACUAUGGACACGGAGGACGUGUACACCUUUUACAGAGAGGAAAUUGAUCCUCAAUUUGCCAUAAUUUGGUCAAAAGCUGUUGAAAAUCCUGAUUCUUGUGAUGUGAGACUCGAAUGCAUUAAUGGUCAGUACUGUCAUUGCCAUCAAAGUCUGUUAUCAGUCAUCUCCCGGUGCUUUGAGGCCGCCUUCAACUGUUAUCAUGCAAAUCGUAUUCGUGAGUUACCACCCGAUGAGGAACUAGUCAUCACAAUGCCAUACUCAGUGUCCUUCAAUGAGUUGUCUGCAAUUAUUACAUUUAUUUAUAACGGAGUCGUUUCGGUGGCCGAGUCUCGGGUCUCAGAAUUUCUAGAGGCAUCAAAAGUUUUGGCCAUUAAUGGUCUUAAAGACAUUCAAUUAUUGUUUAUCGAUGACAGCACUCAUCUGAGUCCAAGUCAACAAAUUAAUAGUCAAAGUGAUUGUCAAAGUGACUAUCAAGACUCAGAUGACGACAAAUCAUUAUAUGAAUCAAUGGAUUUUCAGAAAGACUUCAAUCAAUUUACAGCAAUCAAAGAGUUUACAACUGAAGACAAGAUUGAUGACAGCAAAAAAUAUUUGAUGAAUAAUCCCAUAAAAAGAGUAUUUAUAACUAAACCGGAAAAGACAGGUCUUCAGGGACGUCGACCACAAGUGGGGUCGCCAUUGAUUACCGAAGAGUUCAAAUUAGGUGAUCGCUAUCAAUGCAAAGUAUGCUUUAGGAGCUACUUAUGGAAGAAAUCACUCGUCCGUCACUACAAAGACCAACACCCAAAUACCGUCCAAUUGGUGACCAAAUAAUUAUCAGUUAUUUUCUUAUAUCAUUGUUUUAUCAUUUUGUGUUUUA